UUUUGACCGCUGCCAUACACACAAUGUCCACCUUCUUCCGAAUUCGUUGGAUUGGAGUAUGGAAGCCACGCAGACCCAAAAUGACGAACAUACCCUUAUAUGUUUAAAUGACUAAAUUAUCCUUACAGGUAUAAAUAUACAGACACCAUUCAUUCUCGGCCAUUUCGUAAUUAACAAGCAAUGGGUUCCAAGGCGAUGGCGAUGGCGGCGGAGAAGCUAACCACGGCGGUGCGACGGCAAGCCGUUGAGUUAACCGACGCCGCCGCCUCUAGAAUACACUUCUUGCUUCAGCAACGGCAAAGACCGUUCUUAAAGCUCGGCGUCAAAGCUCGCGGUUGUAAUGGUUUAUCUUACACGCUAAAUUACGCAGAUAAAAAAGAGAAGUUUGAUGAAUUGGUUGAAGAUAAAGGUGUUAAGAUAUUGAUUGAUCCUAAGGCUCUUAUGCAUGUUGUUGGAACCAAAAUGGAUUUCGUUGAUGAUAAACUAAGAUCUGAGUUCGUUUUCAUUAAUCCAAACUCCAAAGGCCAAUGUGGUUGUGGUGAAUCUUUCAUGACAAAACCAAGUACCGGAGCCUCUAAGCAAGGAAAUGGUUGAAAUUAUUAUUCAACUAGGUGUUGAUCAACACUUAUGAAGUCUUUCUUUUACGAUUGCCAUUGUGAACAUGCAAAUACCACAAUUGGAUUUCUGUAAUUUUGCUUGCGAGUACAGAGGAAAAUAAAAAAGCUUUGGCAUGCUUACACUUGUAUCGUUUUAGUAUACAGAGUUCUCUGAAGCUGAUGGCUUAAGACAACAAUAUGUACUAGCAUAUCAUUUGUUCAGAUGAUUCUUACUUCAUUCAUGUAAAAAACUAUUGUGGAUACUGUAUAAUUUGUAGGUUGAGAAAAUCAAUAAAUAAUUUACCCUUAAUUUAACAAUCAGUGGAUCAGGUGCUGACUGCUGAACAAUUUUUCUUAUAUUUACUUGUUUAUUUAUUGCCAA